AUGUCACCCGACACAAAAGCCCUUGACAGCUCGUCCACUCAAACGGGAAGCUCUGACAGCGCACAAGCCUCCGGCAGCCAUGCGCAGAGCACGGCGGAAACGGAACACGACCGCAUGGUCUCCGGCCAGCCUUACCUCGCCAUGACCGACCCCUCUCUCCUUCUCGCUCGGCUGCGCGCCCGACGACCUAUGCAGGCGUACAACAACUACCCAUGGCCAGAUCAUAAAGCCACGGACGACUACUUUGGGCCAGAUGAGCGCCGGGAACUCUUGGGCGAGGUGUUUGGAUUGACGGUGGACGAGAUUAAGGCCAAGCCGCUAGAGAUUGAGCCGCCGUUCUAUGUCGACUAUGGUACCAAUGUCACGUUCGAAGGGUCUUUCUACGCCAAUAUGGACCUCAUCCUCCUCGACUGUGCGCCCAUCAAGAUCGGCACGCGCGUUCUCUGCGGUCCUCGCGUCGGCCUUUACGCCGCGACACACUCCACAGACGUGGAUGAGAGGCAGGGAGGGUAUGAGAGGGCGUAUCCGAUCGAGAUAGGGGACGACUGCUGGAUUGGCGGAGGGGCGAUCAUCAACGGGCCGAGCAAGAUUGGGAAGGGGUGUACCAUCGCUGCUGGCGCGGUGGUGAGGGGCGACUUCCCGGACUACUGCGUGAUUGGCGGGGUACCUGCGCGGAUCAUCAAGCAUAUCGACCCGCCGAAAGGCCUGCACGAUCUGGAGAAGUAUCGCUGA